AGUAUGCGAUGACUCUCCGCGCGGGCAUAACGCAGCGGGCGGUGUGACCCGCCCUUUUGUUUACAAACUCCUUUGUGUUUCAUACCGCGCAAUGGAAUUUAUAAGUAUCGUUUACGUGCUUUAAGUGCCAGUGUUGGUUGACAAAAUGAGCAGCGACAACUCAGAGUCGCAGGAGACAACUUCCACCUCCUUGGUCGAAGACUCACUGAAUAUAGCUUUCAAAAACAUAAACUACACUGUACGAAAUGGUAUCUUAGCUGGGGGACGCAAGACAAUACUGAAAGAUGUGUCGGGCUCAUUCAACGCAGGAGAAUUGACCGUUAUAAUGGGUCAGUCCGGUGCUGGUAAAAGUUCGCUCAUGGACAUUUUAGCUGGAUACACGAAACCAACAACAGGCAGUUUGUACGUGAACGGGCGGGUUAGAAAUGAAAAGAGCUUUAGACGUAGAAGCUGUUACAUCCUACAGGAUGACAGAGUUCAAGAUGCACUAACGACACGUGAAUCUUUAACUAUCGCCGCCCAGUUGAAGCUCGGCAACCACGUCAACAGCGAGCAGAAGAGGCGAAGGGUUCAAGAAAUAAUAUCGUCUCUUGGUCUUAGCAGAGCACAAAACACGCGAGCAUGCAACCUCUCUGGUGGACAGAAAAAGCGGCUGGCCAUCGGUCUGGAGCUAGUUAGCGACCCAAGUGUCAUGUUCCUCGAUGAACCAACCAGUGGCUUAGACAGUUCGAUGUGCAAGCAGCUGGUGUUUCUCUUCCACCAGCUGGCUCGCCAAGGCCGGACUGUAUUGGUGUCUAUACACCAGCCAUCCGCUGCGUUACUGCAGAUGGUGGACAAACUCUACGUGGUGGUGGCCGGCAACUGUGCUUACACUGGCUCCGUACCUGGUCUGCUGCCUUACUUACAGCAAAUGAAUCUAAUGUGCCCACCGUAUCAUAACCCUGUAGAUUUUCUUAUAGAGAUUUGUAGUGAAAAUGUGGAUUUAUUAGUAACACAUUCACAAAACGGAAAAUGCGAUGAUUGGAGCAAUCAUAUUUCUCAUGAGACUGAUGAUAAUUUUCUAGAAAAAAAUAAUUUAAGAAGUGACCAAGUGUACCUGACUACGUUACCGCCUCCCAAAGAGGAUCCAACUAAUAAAAUACUAUUAAAAUUGAAAAGCACAUACUCCACACCUGUAUGGAAACAGUUCGCUACACUCACAAGAAGAUCUCUGUUGUCGUUAUGGCGCAGCCCCGCUUUCACCCUCAUGAUUACGGGCAUUCACUGCUCCAUGGCACUUUUCAUUGGCUUCCUGUUCUACAACAUCGGUGAAGAUGCAAGCCACGUAAGGGACAGUUACAACAUGUUGUACUUCAGCCUUAUGUUCCUCAUGUUCACGGCCUUCAGUUCCUCUUCAAUUCAUUUUCCUCACCAAAUACCAGUUGUGAGACGGGAGCAUUUCAAUCGCUGGUAUACCACGGGGGCGUACUACACAUCAACAUUGGCUUCCACGUUGCCAACACAGACAGUUUGCACACUCAGCUACGCGUUCAUAGUGUACUUCCUUACCGGUCUACCACCUGAUAUUGUGCGCUUCACCACAUUCUGUUGGACUUUAAUGUUGGUGUCGUACGUUGCUCUCUGCAUCGGUCUACUCAAUGGCUCCAUUUUUACUGUUAAGAACGGCGUCGUAUUUGGCCCUUUCUUCAUAAUGCCAUUCACAAUCUUCUCAGGAUUCUUCUUGCGGUACAGCGACGCGCCAGUCUUCUUCCGUUGGAUGUUCCACAUAUCAUUCUUGAAGCACGGUCUCGUCGGCCUCGUGGUCGCAAUAUUCGGCAUGGACAGACCGAAAAUGCCGUGUUCAGACCUAUAUUGUCACUAUACUUACCCUCGGACAUUCUUAGUUGACGUAGAAAUGUCACAGGAGAAUUAUUCUCUGGUUGUCGGCGCUCUUUUCGGAAUUGGACUAAUCGUAACUAUUUGUUCGUAUAUCAUUCUAAAAAUUAGACUAAAGAAUAAAUGGUGAAUAUUUUCACUUCAAAUUUGGAUUUAAUAAGGUAUUUUAUAACUGCGAAAAUGUCUGAAUACAGAUACCUUGAAGGCAUUAUUUGUCGGCACCGUCACAAAUACCAUUUUCUGUGAACGCUGUCAAGCUAAGAUGACACCUUAAAAAUAAGACAUCGACCAACUUUCUAACUUUAAUCAUACCAAAUAAUUGUUUAUAUUUCAAUAAACAUCAAAAUUUAUAUUUAUCAUAAUUUAAAUCAGUUUAAUUUUAUUUGGUGUUAGGUAAAGGUAUAAAGAGAUAGACAUAGCGUCUAAAUACAAUAAGUACUGUGUACUUAAACUGUGAUGUAGAUCAAUUUUGUUUUAGUUUAUAAAUGCAUAUUAUAAAAAUAAGUUAAAUAUCAAUGUAGUAACAUUAUGUUCUUUAUAAUAAUUUUUAAUUUUAUUUUGUACAAAAUACGAAUAAAGGAGGUUAUUCACACAAUUAAUAGUAUUUUUAUAGAACAAAAUUUUUAAUGAAAUAAAUAAUUCCAUUUUAUAAUGUACAUAAUUGACUUUUACGAAGUCAAUCCGUGAACGGAUCGGAAAACGUUAUUUUUAUAAUUUUACAUAAAACUGACUUCAUUCAGUAAAACUUGUUAAUGUAGAUUUAUUAAAGAUAUUUCAAUGUAUA